AGCUCAACAACAAUCAAUUGUCGUCUGAAACCCCAUUAAACAAUGCCUUAGAUAUUAAAAAUUAACUUUUAGCAACUUGUUGGCAGUUUUUAUGAGGUUUGCUCGCUGUAUGCAGUCGGCUAAAAAAUGUUUUGAGCACAACUCGUGCCGUGGUAGCUAACUAGCUAAAGACUCUGGGCAUGUUUUUGUUUACCAACUUUCAGCUAAGUUUUCUACAUAUUAUGUCUUACGUGACAGCAGUAAUUCGUUCUUCUUUGUACUGGUUUUUAAUAAUUUAACUACAGUUGUAUUAGUUGGUCGACAUGGGAGACAAGGAGCUCAUCCUUGUUGAUAAGCAGAUAACAAGUUUGGUAGAUCUUCCCCUGACACCUGCUGUAACGUCACUUAAUCUGCGUUGCAAUCACAUCUCGAGGAUCAAGGGCCUCUCCUCAGCGUGGCAUCUGCACCACUUGGACCUUUCCUCCAAUCGCAUUUCUAAGAUCAUGGGUCUGAGUUCCCUCACAUCUCUCAGGACCUUGAAUUUAUCGUCCAACUUAAUCACAAAGGUUGAAGGGCUGAAUGGCCUGGUGAACCUAACAAAAUUAAACUUGUCCUACAAUCAGAUAAAUAAACUCACUGGUUUGCUGUAUCUCCACGGCACUGAGUACAAGCUGAAGCACCUCAGUCUCCACGGGAACCGCCUUGACAGCAUCGAUCACCUCCUGCAGUGCCUGCUGGGACUACAAGGUUUACGAGACGUCACUUUAAGUCAGGAUGGUGGAGACAACCCUGUCUGUAGUUCACCUGGUUACUGGGAAGUUAUUAUGGAAACGCUGCCACAAAUUUCAGUUCUGGAUGGUUUGGACCGGCUUCGACAACCGUCAUCUCCUGGUCUAAGCAGCCUCUGUGACAUUCCCGGUCUGGAGGACUAUAAGGACUUUUUGAUUUCCUCUGAUACAAGUCACAACGAAGUGGUUAAAAGUGCUGUUACUACACCUCGCAUCGACAAGGUGCUCACCCAGUUUCGUCAGAGUGCCUCAGGAGGAGUCACAGAUCCAGUCACACGGCUCGUCAGUCAGAGCUCCCAGCCCGUUCCUCCCACUGAUCAACCAGACCCCAUUAAUGAAGAGCGCAUCAGAAAACUGGAGCACCAGGUGUCCCAGCUCAUCCAGAAGGCCCCUGCAGGUGAAAAACCGAGCAUCUCUGUCCAUUCUGCGGCGAAGCUUCGGAAAGCCAAGAGGGACACGGACCACACGUCGGAAAGCGAGCGUGACAGCGAGAAGGAAAACGGGACAUGCUCGAGGAUUCCCAAACAGAUUAUUGUCACGACGUCAAGUUUUACCACCCAGGAGAGCAAGAGCACGAGAUCUGACAGCGAUCAAGACAAUCUUAAAUUGAGGACUUCAAAAUCUGCUGUGGGGCCCAGAAGAAAGGCUGCUGGUGCGGUGAAUGUUAAGGCAGCAGCACAAACAAGGAAGGGACCUUUGAGAGCAGCUAAGACCUCCGGUGAUGUGAAAGCCAAGCCCAGCCAGGAAGAAGAAACCUACAGGACGAUUGUGGAAGAGCGGGAUCAGGAGAGAGAAAGACGCUGGAAGGCAGAACAAGCCGUGCGGAAGCUGACGGAGGAGCUGAAGUGCCUGCAGACAAAAGUCAGCGAGGAAAAAGACCUUCAGAGCAUGGCCCUGCACACCACUGACAGACUCAAGGAGCUGCUGUUGAAAGAGAGAUCGGGACGCACUGAGCUGGAGGCUCGUGUGGAGGAGCUGGAGAGGAGGUGUCGGUCUCUAACGCAGCAGCUGGAGCAGGCGCGCCGCAGCGAGGAACAACACAAGGCUGCGCUGCAGAGAGUGGAGGAAAGCAUCUCCCACGGAGACGCACUCAGGGCCUGCCAGCAGGCUGAAGAGGUGAAACGGCACCAGGAGCUGGAGAACAAGGCGGCGGCUCUGAGGAGAGAACUGGACAUCCAGAGAGUUUCAGUUCAGCAGCACAAAGACAAACUGCAGCAGCUGCAUGAGCUCCUGGCAAACAGGGAGCAAGAGCACAGACGACAGCUGGAGUUGCGCUUGCAGCCCGGUGGGGCAGAUUUCCGUGAGGCGGUGGCGAAGGAGGUGGCAGCAGUGGAAGAGAAACAUAACCAGAAGGUGGCGGAGCUGCAGGAGAAACUGUCGGACGGCAGGAAACAGUACGCCGCCCUGGAGGAUGAGUUCCGCAUGGCGCUAACCAUCGAGGCCACUCGCUUCACUGAGGUGAAGGAGGUUUGUGAUCACAUGACGGCGGAGCUGAUGGAGCUCAAGGCGACCCUGGCUCAGUCCCAGCAGAGCCAGAAGAGCUCGGCCUCUCUGGUGCAGGAGCUCACAGCUGUGGUGAAAGAGCAGAAGAGCCGCAUCUCUGAGCUCGUCAAAGCUAAGAGAGACGCUGUCGCCGAACUCAGGAACCGUCUGCAUUCCAUGGAAGCAGAGGUGGACCGGAGCCAGCGUCUGGGCCUGCAGCUCGAGGUGCUGAAGAAAGACAAGGCGCGGCUCGUGUCCCAGCUCACGGCUCAGGAGUCGGUGAUAGACGGCCUCAGAGCUGAGAGAAAGGUCUGGGGCCAAGAGCUCGCUCAGCAAGGUGCAUUAUUGGCUCAGGAUCGAGGACGUCUGGAGGCCAGGAUUGAGGUUCUGACCACUGAGCUGGAGGCUCAGAGGAAACAGAACGAGAGGGACCACGAUGCCCUUAAAAUCAAAACCAAAAUCAUGGAAGACCAGACGCAGACCAUUCGCAAACUCAAAGAGUCCUUGCAGGAACGAGACGAUCAGAUCCGAAGGUCGAGGGAGGAGGCAGCGCAGGUCCAGAAGAAGCUCCAGCAUCAGCUGGAAGAGGAAUCAGACCAACAGGCUGAGCUGAAGGAGCAGCUGGCACAGCUGAGUCUGCGUAAGGAGGAGCUGAAACAGCAGCUGGAAGACAAAGAAGCAGAGCUCGAGGAGAUCAGAGGAGUUUACAGCGAGUCCAAAAAGAAGUGGCAGGAGAAGGCAGAGCUGCUCGCUCGACUCGAGAGCCAAGUAAAACGCACAAAGGAGAGUUUCGAUUCCAAGGAGCGCCUGUUGCUGGAAGAAAGAAAUAAAGCAACAGAGGCACACAGAGCUGCGGUAGAAAAGCUGCGCUGUGUGGACGAUGCUUUCCGCCAGCAGCUGGAGUCCGUCCAGGCUGUGCAUCAAAUGGAGCUCCUUCAGCUGGCUAAUGAAAAACAAAAACAGAUAGAACAGGCGAAUCAGAAGGUGUUUGAAGUGGAGGAGGAAAUGCGCCAGCUUCUGCAGGAGACGGAGGCCAACAAGAAAAUCAUGGAGGAGAAAAUGAAACGUCUCACCAACGUGUUGAAAGACUUUAACAUAUAAAACAUGAACAUUUGUAAAUACAAUUUCAUGUAGAUAUAUUUUUGUACAAUGACUUUACUCUGAUUUGUCUAAUAAAUUUUGUCCUGUCAUUUCUAUA